GUAAGCUGUUCUUGCUCUACAGUCCAUCACAGUCUACAGUUUGAUUAUUGAGUAUAUUAUUAUCAAUAAUAUAUAUAUCCUGUACAAUAAUGAAGAUUGCUGUCCUUCUUGUCAUUAGCUGCUUCAUUGCUGCUGCUUACAGUGAGAGUAUAAAGUCAAAAGGACCUCCACCUCAACCUCCAAAGGAUGAAAAAGAUAGCUUUGAAGCUCCACAGUUUGAAGAUGAUGAUGAUAACACUGAUUUGUCUGCAAUGGAUGCUGAACCUGAAUCAAAAUUUGAUGAAAUGACAAUAAAUGAAGAUAUAUGUAAAACCACUGAAGUUCAAGGGACUAGCCGAUAUUUUUGGACUGAUUACUGCAGGUGCAAAAGAUACAUUCAUGGUAGGUGUCGCUGUCGUGUCUACCGUUACAGAAUCGUAUGUUCUGCCCCUCGUAAAAAUAUAUGCUACUGUCGUUUGAGGUGCUAAACCUGCAGUUGGACUAGACUACUGAACUCAUAUUAAUUAAGCUCCUUUAGGCCUUUUUUGCUAUAAUUAUUAUUAUUACAUAUUGUCAGGUAUUUUUGCUAUAAUUAUAUAUUUUCAGGCCCUUUUUUGCUAAAAUAAAU